GGACAAUCGGCGGGGUGGCUGCCCGGCUCCACCACCUCGGAACGUGCUAGGCUGCGGGUUUCGGGAUGACUUCGUGCGGCUCUAGACAUCUGUGGAUCCUCAAGAUAUCGGUCUUACUCUUGGCCCUGGGCAUUGUGUUAUUUAUGUUCAGAAGUGUGUACCUUUAUACAGCAUCCAGUGACCACAAACCACAGCUCCCUCACCCUACUCUGGCUGCCGGGAUGCUGAAGCUUCUGCCUGAGGAACAUGUCAGGAGCCUCUUUACCUAUGAUGGAAUCUGGCUCUUCCCGAAAAACCAGUGCAAAUGUGAAGCCUCGGAACAUCAGGGAAGCUAUAACUUUGAGGAUGCCUAUGGCCAGAGAGACCUCCCUGCGGUGAAAGUGAGGAGACAGGCUGAAUUUGAACACUUUCAGAGGAGAGAAGGGCUGCCUCGCCCACCGCCCCUGCUGGCUCAGCCCAACCUGCCCUUUGGGUACCCUGUCCACGGGGUCGAAGUGAUGCCCCUGCACACGGUUCCCAUCCCAGGUCUCCAGUUUGAAGGACCAGAUGCUCCCAUUUAUGAGGUCAGCCUGACAGCUUCUUUGGGGACACUGAACACCCUCGCUGACAUCCCAGACAGUGAGGUGCAGGGCAGAGGCCAGAAGCAGCUGAACAUUUCGACCAGUACCCGGAAGCUUUUGAAUUUCAUACUCCAGCACGUGACAUACACAAGCACAGAGUAUCAGCGCUGCAGGGUGGAUGUAGUGAGUCUGCAGUCCAAGUCCUCAGUGGCCAAGUUUCCGGUGACCAUCCGCCUUCCUGUUAUGCCCAAGUUAUAUGACCCUGGACCAGAGAGGAAGCUCAGAGACCUGGUGACCAUUGCCACCAAAACUUUCCUCCAUCCCCACAAGCUCAUGACCAUGCUCCAGAGCGUCCGUGAGUAUUAACCAGACUUGACCGUGAUCGUGGCUGAUGACAGCAAGGAGCCCCUGAAAAUUAAUGACAGCCAUGUGGAGUAUUACACCAUGCCUUAUGGGAAGGGCUGGUUUGCUGGUAGGAACCUGGCCAUAUCUCAGGUCACCACCAAAUACGUUCUCUGGGUGGACGAUGACUUUCUCUUCAACGACAAGACCAAGAUUGAGGUGCUGGUGGAUGUCCUAGAGAAGACGGAACUGGACGUGGUAGGCGGCAGCGUGCUUGGAAACAUGUUCCAGUUUAAGCUGUUCCUGGAGCACAGUGAGAAUGGGGACUGUCUCCACCGGCGGUCAGGAUCUUUCCGGCCCCUGCACGGCUUCCCCAGCUGCGUGGUGACCAGUGGUGUUGUCAACUUCUUCCUGGCCCACACAGAGCGGCUCCAAAGAGUUGGCUUCGACGCCCGCCUGCAGCGAGUGGCUCACUCAGAGUUCUUUAUUGAUGGGCUCGGGAGCCUGCUUGUGGGGUCCUGCUCAAAUGUGAUUGUAGGUCACCAGCCCCGUUCUCCAGUGGCGGACCCAGAGCUCGCAGCCCUGGAGAAGAGCUACAACGUAUACCGGACCAACACCAAAGCUCAGGUCCAGUUCAAGCUGGCUCUCCACUACUUCAAGAACCAUCUCCAAUGUGCCACAUAAAGGUUGUCCGGGCACUGGAAAAGCGCCAGGCUGACCUGUUGCAGGUAUCUAAAACACAGGAACUGGUGGAUGGGCUAUCAAAAUUUGAACUCCAGAUAAGAUGGACAGGGCAGAUGGGUCUGGCUCAGGUACUGGAAAUAUCAAUCAAAAGCUAAGGGUCAUUAGAAAUGGAAGAAUCACUGAUCAGGGCAAUGGAGACCGUAUUCAUUAUUGUUUGUAUGAUGUCUUACCAUUUAUGAAACAUUUGUACAUAUAGUAUCUCACAUUAUCUCAUUUCAUCUCACACGAAAGAGUAUAUGAUGGGUUGGUAGCCUCAGUCAAAAAGAUGGCUGCUGGGUCCUUGAGGGUUAUUUGGUGGAAAUUAUAUCACAGAUCAUCUCCAGCAUCACUGCCAUCCACAGAUUUUUUUUGGUCCUACCUUGUGGACUCAAAUAAUGUGAAUAACCCAGGGUCCUUGCCUGGAGGAGGUGGCAGCCUGGUUCAGUUCGGUCCACUAGUGGAAUCGGAUCAGAGGAUGAGAGGCGGACCAGGCAGGUGAGGAGGGCUCUGGGGAGUCAGCUCACCUGGAGCCCGGCGCAUGGAUGGGAUGCAGGCAGUUGGAGGGAUGAGAUCACUGGGGUAGUCUACUCACUGCCAGAAUAAAGGUUUCCCUGGCAUCAGACUCCCUAUCAUAAAGACAGGUUCCAGAAUGCUUGGGAUUGAACUUGGACCCUGUGCUGAGGUGCCAUGAUAAACAGUGUAAGUGCAGCGGCCAAGCCACUAAAUACCAGGGCCUUGAGUUCAGUUGCUGACCACUCAAGACCCAUGUCAUCUACAGAGCGGAGCCAUCAUGAUGAGGCAGGUUAUCUUGGGAGUCAGCAGAUUCUCCCAGUGCUGCACUGGCUCUGCCUUUUGGUUUCUACUCUUUCCUCCUGAAGACGGCCUAGGGUAGUUCAGGAUCUCUGAAAAUGUGUCUGUGAGAUAUUAAUAAAACUUCAUGAAAAAUGUUUUGGUGGUCAAAUAAUUUUGAAAAAUA